ACAAUCUAAUCUACCAAAGUUUAGUACUAUCAUGUCGAAAAAUCGUCAUUCUAUCUGUCUCGUCGCCCUUAUGGGUCUCCCCGCCUCGGGAAAGAGCACCCUCGCCCAGAAGAUUGUACAAGAGACAAAUUCCCCUCAAAAUAAGACUGGAAUGUUUGCCAUUUCCCUUAAAUACGAUGACUUUGUCCCUCACAAAGUUCAAGAGAGACUCGUCGACUUGUCGAGACAGCAACAAGACAAGAAUAAGAUAAGCCAAGAAGGACACGAAGAAAUGAUAAGUGAAGAAGAAACAGGAACGAAAAUAUUUAGACGAAAGUUUAUACAGUGUGUGAACCACGUAAUUGUUUCAAUUCUCAAUCCUCAAAACCCAGACGUGACAAAUUUUCUGGAAAAUCUCGAAAUUUUGGAAGAAAUUCUACCAAAUUCGCACCUCGUGGAGAUUACGAGGCAUAUUUUGGCUAAAAUUCAUACCGAGCUUAAUCCCACUUCCGCCGACCACUCCUCAAUCCUCCUCCUCGUGGACGACAACCACUACUAUUCGUCCAUGCGGGCAGACUUGUUCGCCCUCUCAAAGCGGCACACCCUCGGAUUCUGUACCUUCCACCUAACCACCCCUGUCGCCAUUUGUCUUGCCAGAAACUCUAGCAGGCGUGACGAGGAACGCGUACCGGACAGCACAAUUUUUGAAAUGGAACACAAACUGGAGCCACCACGAUCCAAUGAGCCAUUUUCCCUCGAAAUAAACACUGACGACGUGUCUGGAAUCCUUGACCUCGUCCGUGACGCGAUUCGACAUCCCGUCCUCAAUGAAGAAAACGGUAAAGAGGUCGAGCGACGAAUCUGCCAUCGGAACGAGGUCCAUCAGGCCGACAAGAUCUUGAGGAAAUGGGUCGCCAGUGAAGUUCAGAGGUUGAGAGGUGAAGAGCAAGAACAUGGUGCAAAUAUUAAUAUUGGUAAUCAACUCAACUCGAAACGGAUCAGGUUACUGGAUCGCUUGAGAAGUGGGGACGCUAAGAUAAGCGCGGAACUAGGUGACGAUGACGAGAUUAGAUCACUCUUUCGACAAGAAGUUAUCUCCUUGGUGGAAGAAAUUUAAAGUAAAAUGUUAGUCAAAACUGUAGAGUGAUAAUUCAUAAUUUAGAAAAUACUUGUGUAAAUAUUUAUGAAAAAUGUUAUCUUUUAAAGAUAUAAAUUUUGUGAAAUUUUGAAAAUAUAAAAACUUUAAACAGUUAAA